AUGGAACAAAACACGCUAAAGCGACGAGGCAUUGGCCUUAUUGGAGUAGAUAAAUCUAUCUCAUUCGGCGGAUACACGCUGUUCUCCCCCUUGACCAGCAAUAAAGCAUACUUGGUCGACAUUGACGGCACCCAAAUCCACGAAUGGAAGCUACCGGGGAGAGUUGGCCGCCACGCGCGUAUUCUUCCCAAUGGAAACCUUGCAGUCAACACACUACGCCCUCCAGAUGUCAACCAGAAUAAAAUUUACCCAUUUCCAUUUUUCCACAAGUACGGGGGUGGCAUCAUGACAGAACUAGAUCCCCAAGGAAACACGGUGCGCGAGUUUGUUGAUCCGCUAGGUCACCACGACCAGUACCACUUCGGAGACGGACGCUUUCUAUACGCUAGUCUAGAAGCAUUGACACCUGAAGAAUCCGCUAAGGUGGUUGGUGGUGUUCCUGGGUCUGAGGUGGACGGCAUCACACACGCGGAUGUUAUCAAAGAAGUCGACGCUGACGGAAACCUUGUUUGGGAAUGGAAAGUCUCUGAGAAGCUGCCCUACGACAUAUACCCGCUGCAACCUCACUACACCCGCGAGCACUAUCCACUAAUCAAUUCCGUCUUACCACUUCGUGACGGGAAACAUGUGCUUGCAUCUCUGCGGUCCGUGUCCAGUGUUAUUAUUAUUGAAAAAGAGACUGGCAACAUUGUGUGGACGCUUGGUCCUGAGACUCUUGCCCAGCAGCACAAUGCCACGGAGCUUGACAAUGGCAAUAUUCUCAUUUUCGAUAAUGGCGCAUUUCGUGACGGCGAGUCCAUCAUGUAUUCGCGUGCAAUUGAAGUCGACCGUGCAUCCAAGACUAUCGUGUGGGAGUAUCGUGAUCGCUCGUCGCCUAUUUGCUUCUUUACGCCGUUUAUGGGUAGUGCGCAACGUCUGGGGAAUGGAAACACGUUGCUUUGUGAGAGCGCAUUUGGACGAGUGUUUGAAGUUACACUCGAUGGGACGAUUUGUUGGGAGUAUGUUAAUCCGCACUUUGCGGUGUAUCCGGAUGCGGAGACGGCAACCAUUUUUCCUGGUGAAUCAAACGCAUUGUUUAGAGCGUAUCGAUACUCUGCCGAUGAGAUCCCCUGGCUAAAGCUUACAGCUAAGAAGUAG